CAGCGCGCGGGGCCCCCCCGCUGCGUUUUCUCUUUCCGGUUCACUCAUCGCUUCGAUUAGGCACGAUGGCGACAGCAGCAGCAGCAGCAGCUACUCCUUCUCAAACUCAGUCAGCGGCUCCGGCCCUGCCACUUCAACGAGGCAUUGUCAAACUGGUGCUGUCAGGUAGUGCAAUCAUUGUUCGUGGUCAGCCACGAGGAGGACCGCCACCUGAACGGCAAAUUAACCUGAGCAAUAUCCGUUCUGGUGCCUUAGCACGACGUGCUGCUCCAAAUCAACCUGAAGCCAAGGAAACACCCGAUGAGCCCUGGGCUUGGCCAGCACGAGAGUUUCUCAGGAAGAAACUGAUUGGAAAAGAGGUCUGUUUCACCGUGGAGUACAAGACUCCCCAGGGUCGUGAAUAUGGAAUGGUUUACCUGGGCAAAGAUACAACCGGGGAGAAUAUUGCGGAAUCGUUGUUAACUGAAGGAUUGGUUUCAGUCCGUAGGGAAGGAAUUCGAGGAACAAACCCUGAGCAAGCCAGACUUUGUGAACUUGAAGAACAAGCAAAAGCAGCUAAGAAAGGAAUGUGGGGUGAAGGAGGCAGUUCACACACCAUUCGAGAUCUGAAAUACACCAUUGAAAACCCUCGUCAUUUUGUGGACUCCAAUCAUCAAAAACCAGUUAAUGCUGUCAUUGAGCAUGUGCGAGAUGGGAGUGUUGUGAGAGCUUUGUUGCUGCCUGACUACUACCUGGUGACAGUUAUGCUUUCUGGUAUUAAGUGCCCGACUUUUAAGCGUGAAACUGAUGGGACAGAAACACCAGAACCAUUCGCAGCAGAAUCAAAAUUUUUCACGGAAUCCCGCCUUCUGCAAAGGGAUGUCCAGAUCAUCUUAGAAAGUGUGCAAAAUCAAGUCAUCCUAGGAACCAUCCUGCAUCCUAAUGGUAAUAUAACGGAAUUGCUGCUUCGUGAAGGAUUCGCUCGCUGUGUUGACUGGUCGAUUGCAGUUUACACGCAGGGUCCAGAAAAGCUUAGAGCUAGUGAAAGAUCCGCUAAAGAGCGCAAAAUCCGGAUCUGGAAAGAUUAUGUGGCUCCAACAGCUAACAUGGAUCAGAAGGACAAGCAUUUUGUGGCCAAGGUUAGUGUUCUGCAAAUCAAUGGUGGGGAGUGGAUAAGUGCAUGGUUUUUAUUUUAA